UGCAACUACUACCUGUUGACCUUUGUGCCGCUCACUCUUUCCCCCAUUCCAUGACUAUGAAGUAAUCGUGAAUGCACUGGCGUCAUCACGUGAAUGGUGACCAAUUGCUGUACACGCCCCGUUAUUUUUUUUCUUCUUUUUUUUUCUUGUUGACCAUGGCCACAAGAAGAACCUAAGUGACGCUGCACUUUUUUUUGCUUUAAGUUGUGUCGUGCCUCUCAUUGUUGCCACUCACUACCGAACAGCGUCUGUCCAAGAAAAUCCGAGCUGAAAACGAGAACAUGUCCCUGUCCGGUUGGAUCUGCGUGGUCACAGGUGCCUCCAGAGGCAUUGGUAAAGGAAUCGCCCUGCAGCUUUGUGAGGCAGGCGCUACCGUCUACAUCACAGGACGGAAGGAAGCGCCUCUUAAUGAAACAGCAACACAGGUAAACCAGAGGGGUGGAAAGUGUGUGCCGGUCAUCUGUGAUUCAACUAAUGAUUCAGACAUUGAGAAACUCUUUGAACGCAUAAAACUGGAACAAAGUGGCAGACUGGAUCUCCUAGUAAACAAUGCAUACGCUGGAGUACAGACCAUCUUUGAGAACCAGGGGAAAAAGUUCUGGGAGACGGAGCCGUCUAUGUGGGAUACCAUAAACAACACGGGCCUAAGAAGCCACUAUAUCUGUUCGGUGUAUGCGGCCCGUAUGAUGGUCGCUCAAGGUCAAGGUUUGAUCAUCACCAUUUCAUCCAUGGGAGGAGUGCGAUAUCUCUUCAAUGUUCCAUACGGUGUUGGGAAAGCGGCAUGUGACCGCAUGGCAGCAGAUAUGGCUUUGGAGCUUCGCAAAAGCGGCGUGGCAUCCAUCAGUCUGUGGCCCGGACCAGUGAAGACAGAGAUAAUAGAAGAGAUGGUGCUUUCAGAUGAUUCACAACAGAAAACUAAGGAUGUGUUUGUCAAUGGAGAAACCACUGAAUUUAGUGGCCUGUGCAUUGUCAACCUUGCUCAAGAUAAAAACCUGAUGUCGCUGAGUGGAAAAAUUCUCAUGACCUGUGAACUGGCGAGGCGUUAUGGGCUCCGAGACUUUAACGGGCGCAGUGUUGAAGACUUCACCUCCGUGAAGUUCCUGCUGACCCAAGUUCCGCGUCUCUCCUGGCUCUCAUAUGUGGUCCCUUCUUUUAUAAGAAUUCCACGCUCUAUGCUUUCCAUGGGUAGCACCAAUGUCUAGCCACAUGAUGUGGCGUGGAAAACCUCUUUGUGAUGCAACUGCCACAAGUGCCUAUUGAAAUUAAGAAAAAAAAUAAUAAUAAAGAAUCUGAGGAUGGUAAUAUUGUGAGUGAGCUAGAAGACCUUGGAAAAUGUGAUUUGUUAAAGAGACAGUCCCAUUGAUAAUAUAGGUUCAAUAAUAUUGGCUCUGGGCAGAUAACAUUGACAUUGUAGCACAAAGAGGCUGAAGUCUAAUGGCUUACAGCCGAGAGAAAUGCCAUAAAAUAAUGAAAGUAAACUGAUGGAAAU